AUGAAGAAGCAGCGACAGCGACCCCCAGAAGGACCAAACCCACACCCCACUGUAUCCCCACAUCCAGCACUGAUGUACUCCACCACUGCCGUGCUCGAAAGAAAGGCUGAAGGUGAUGCUAAAGGAGAUAAAAGCAAGGUGAAGGACCAGUCUCAAAGAUCUGCCAGGUUGUCUGCUAAACCUGUUCCUGCAAAGCCAGAGCAUAAGCCUGAAAUGGCCCCUGCAAAGGAAGAGAAGGUACGCAAGGGAAAGAAGGGGAAAGCCGAUGAUACCGGUAAGGAUGAAAAUAUUCCUGCUGAAAAUGGAGACCCCAAAACAGGCCAGGAACAGAAAACUGAAGGUGUUGGAGAUGCUAAGUGA